CGUCGUUGUUGUCAGUGUACCCAUCUCCAAUGUGCGUCAGCAGAUCUGAAUGCGAAAUGAUACCACCCGUCGGCUGUUGCAGGUCACCACUCCCGCCCCUCAUUCAUCGAUCUUCGUUGCCAAGCACACUGCUCCCCACCAUGGCGCCCUCAACAGCUAACGAAGUAGAGACCAUGACUGACUUGGCAAGCGCCGCCUACGGGUCGCGCAUACUGUUCGCCACCGACGAGUGGUUCGCACCAGCAAGUCGUUUGCUGCUUCCUGAGCCUCCCGUCUUCAUCGCUGACAAGUUCACUAGCUUCGGUAAAUGGAUGGACGGGUGGGAGACGCGACGCAAGCGUAUCACCGGCCAUGACUGGUGCAUUCUGGCGCUCGGUCUGCGUGGAGCCGUAGACGUCGUGGACGUUGACACUGCCUUCUUUACGGGGAACAACGCGCCGCGCGUGUCCAUCCAGGCCGCUGACUUCUCCCAGAACAAUAAUGCACUAAAGAUCCUCACAGCAAAAGCCACGGACGACCGUGCCAUGGGCGUGUGUGCCACACCGGAAGAGUUCAAGCUGGUAGAGCAACUCCAGUCCGACAAUUGGAUGGAGAUUGUACCUCCCACUAAGCUCGGACCUGGAUAUGCGGAAACCCGCCACAAUCUACUCCAAGUACCGCCGUCCAAGAGAGGUCCGUGGACUCACCUUCGGGUCAAUAUGUUCCCAGAUGGAGGAAUCGCACGUCUGCGCGUGUACGGAGAUGUGGAGAUGGACUGGACGCGCGUGCUGAGCUCCAAGCUGCUGGAUCUUGUGAGUGUUGCGCACGGAGGGAAGGUUGUUGGCUUUAAUGAUGCUCAUUACGGCCACCCACGCAAUUUGAUGGCUCCAGGACGCAGCAAGACGAUGGCCGAUGGCUGGGAGACUGCGCGCAAGGCCACACGCCCUCCUAUCCUGAAGGCAGACGCUGAAACUGGACUACUGGAAGUGCCCGGUAAGGACUGGGUGGUGCUUAAGCUUGGGCAUCUGGGAGUGAUUCAGCAAGUUGAAGUGGACACGAACCAUUUCAAGGGCAAUUUCCCUGAGAGUUGUGUGGUUUACGGUACUCGAUUCCAUGGUAACGAGGAUAAACUACUGAAAGAUGGAGCUGUUAAGUGGGAAGUUGUGCUGCCUCGUGUGAAGCUACAAGCCCACAAGCAGCAGUACUUCUCCGUUGCAGAUGGCAACGUGAACCUCAUUCCUACUGGAGUCAACUACGUCAAGCUCGAGAUGUUCCCAGAUGGAGGCAUCAGUCGACUCCGCCUGCUUGGAAACAAGAAGGAAGCUGCUGCGCGACUGUAAUUAACGUGAUUAAGCUACAAAAUGCGAGUCCUACAGCGAUCAAUAUGAUUCUUCAGCAUCCAUUGCCUCUGCCUGAGUAUCAUCUUCGCAUCGAUACAUGGUUUCUCGCGGUGGCCGGAAGUGUAUUCCUUCCCUGCAUCACACAAGAUCUCAGCCACUUAUUAUCAUGUUUCACUUCGAAUAACCUAAUUUCUUACCUUAAGAGGUGCGAUAUUGGCAGGUUUCGAAUACGAGCCAAGUGGGUGUUAGCCGACGCACGAAGUUUUGCUGCGACGUCAUUAGUGAUAGUGUGGUAAGUCUGAAAUGUAGCAUUCGACGAUGAUCGAAACCGAGGAUUCGUUGCGGUUUUUGCUCGUGCAGCAAAUAAUUUGUGCACAGCUUCGCUGGACGUGAACAACUCCAC